AUGACGAAUUUCAGGCUUUGCCUCUUCACUUUCUCCCUCAUUAUCAUAACCUUCACUUUGCAACCCUUUCAAGUAACCUCUGAUGAAUCAACGAUCAUCAAUGUCUGCAACAAAACACCAGACCCUAUUCUCUGCAAGACAUGUCGUCACAGUGAUCCGAAGAGCCAGACGGCAGAUGUUAGGGGCCUAGCAUCGAUAUCAAUUGCUUGUGGUACACGAGAUGCGGAUAAACUAUAUACUGAUACCAAUAACCUGUACUCCGACACAAAGAACCCUGCACUUCAUAACCUUCUGGAUUCAUGCUGGUAG